CGUAAACAAGCUUCGCGUACCCCAGCUCUCAUUGUCCAGGGGUUCCAGAUAUUUCUACAAUAUUCGAAAGGAUUAGGCGAAUAUUCGUCACUCCUUGGUCUCACACAAACGCCCCGACAGUCAGAAAGACGUGCUCCUGAGUGAAUCCUAAAAUCAUCUGCCAUGGCAGAAAAAGGAGAAAACAGCCCUGAAACUUUGAACAACUCAAUCGACGCCGAGGUGAAUUCUGAUGGGGAUGAAAACGGCCUGAACAGUUCAAACAGUGAGAUAGAUAGCAAGAAACGACGAACACAGACUCCAAGUCCCCACCCAACUGGUGUUCCGGGUUUCAUGGCAGCAGCUUCUCCCCCGAAGUUUGUGUCGUUUGAGCAGCUGAUGGAGGCAGCCAAUGGUGUGCGAAACAUGACACUUGCCCAUGAGAUUGUGGUUGAUGGCGACUUCAAACUGGACACUCGCAAGCCACAGAAAGACAGUGUUCAUUCACAAGUACAGGAAGUGGUACACAAGGCAUUUUGGGACUUGCUGCGUGAGGAAAUUAGUCAGGACCCUCCAGAAUUCAAAAGGUCGCUGGUUCUCAUUGAAGAAAUAAAGGAGGUCUUGUUGUCACUGUUGCUACCCCAGCAUGUCCGAUUACGAGCCCAAGUAAAUGAAGUACUUGACCUUGAGCUCAUAGAGCAAAAGAUGGAGAACGAAGCAUUUGACAUCCACUACUAUGCCGAAUAUGUAAUUGGCAUCAUGGGCCGGCUGUGUGCCCCCCUCAGGGAUGACCAGAUCGCCAAGCUCAAGGAGCAGAAGGAAAUUGUGCCACUCUUCAAGGAGAUAUUUGAGGUUUUAGACCUGAUGAAGAUGGACAUGGCCAACUUCACGAUCCAGCAGAUGAGGCCCUACCUUCAGCAGCAGAGUGUGGAGUACGAGCGCAACAAGUUCCAGGAGUUCCUCAAGACUCAGGAUGAACAUGGAACAGAUGGCUUGCAGUUCACUAAAGUGUGGCUGAAGCGAAGCUUUGAACAACUUCUGGCUGAGGAAGAAUCUUCCGGAGAGGGAGCCACUGUAGGGUCAAAGGUCACACCAGCAUCUAUCAUGAAUGAGGCAUACAUGGAACUUCUACAGUGGAAUGAUGACCAGAUGUUCCCAGAGACUCUACUGAUGGACCAGGGCCGUUUCCUGGAGCUACGUGACAAGACACGCCAGCUGACCCUGAUGGCGUCCGUGUUGCUGGUAACAUACAGUACUGUAGGAGCACCCAUAGCAGGGAUACAGGACCUCAAGACUACACUCAAGUCCAAUAUACUCACUGUCAUUGCAGCAGAGAAAGAUUUCAAGAAAGUAAUUGUGAAUGUGGCCGACCAGGUGAAGAAAGAUGUAAACGAGUGCCUUGUGAAGCACGGCUUCUCUCAGCUGGAUGGGGAGAAAGAGAAGUUUCUCAUUGGGCAGAUCUCAGAUGUUGCUGCUGAAGAUCAUGCUGUCACUACAGUCAUGCACAAAAGGAUCUGUUCAUUCAUCAAAGGCUCCAUCACUUCCCGCCACACGGAGCCGCUGAAGGUUCCGGCAGGCUACUCUGCCUUCCAGACAGAACUCAGCCAGAUGCUGGGUCGCUUCCUGCGUCUUGUCUCCCACAACAGGUCCGUGUUCGGCAUGCACUAUGCCAACAUCAUCGGUUCCCUCAUCCGCAAACAGCAGGACCUGUCUCCAAGAUAAACAACCAAAGGAACAGCUCGUCACUCAAACAUCUACAAGAAAACAAAUUAUUUGUUCCAGACAAGUUCAUCAGUUACUC